CAGGACGUGCAGCUUCUCCACCAGUACCUAGAGAAGAAAUCAGUUGAAGCUUCUGAAAGCCUAAAAAAUCACGAGUCUUCACAGACAUAUGCAGAACUUGCCAAAGUGGCACUUGCACAAGUAAUAAUAUUCAACCGACGUUGUGCAGGAGAAGUCUCAAAAAUGACGCUGGAGUGCUUUAAGAAAAGAAACCAGACUGAGCUCCACGAGGACAUAGCUCUCGGUCUCUCUCCAUUUGAACAAAAAAUGUCCAAGCAUUUCAGCAGAGUAGAAAUCAUGGGCAAGAAAGGGAGAAAAGUUGCUAUUUUGUUCAAUCCUGAACUUGUCAGAACCAUUAAACUUAUUGUGGAGAAGAGAGAUGCAUGUGAAGUAGACGGGGACAACCCCUUUCUAUUUGGAAGACCAAAGUGCUCACCCACCAGCUUCUUCAGAGGACAGGACUGCAUCAGGCUUUUUGCAAGUCAGUGUGGUGCGAAGAACCCAGAACAUCUCAGGUCUACACAGCUCCGCAAGCAAGUGGCAACAAUGUCCCAGAUUCUCAGUCUUAAGGAUAACGAGCUGGACCAACUUGCCAACUUUUUGGGCCAUGACAUUCGAGUCCAUAGAGACUAUUAUCGGUUGCCAGAUGCAACUAUAGAAAUUGCAAAAAUCUCAAAGCUGCUACUAGCAAUGGAAAAAGGAAGUCUCGCAAGAUUCCAAGGAAAACCUCUCGAUGAAAUUGAGAUUGAAGAUGAAAUUGAUCUGGAAUUAGACGAUGAAGAAAUAAGUGAUGAAGAUGAUGAAGAGUCAGAUCCUGCACAUGGAGUAAGGGGUACGUAAUGAAUUUUAUUCCAGUGUGCAUCAAUGGGAUUGUGUGUUCACUACAGAACUUACCACAGGAGGCCCACUACAGACUUCAUACAGGC